CAACUAGCUAGCCAAACACCACUUAGUACCAUAUUCAUCCAAAAACAAAUAAAAAUGACAAAUCUCCAAAAUGUCAUAUUCCCUACAUGUUCUUUGUUCCUAGCGUUUUCUUCCCUUCUCGCGGCGGUUUCCGGCGGCUAUUCCCACGAAUGGUGGUGUAGCCAAACCCCGUACCCCCAAUCAUGCCAGUACUACCUUAGAGACUGCCCACCUAUCAGGGACAGAUCCGACUUCCUCAAGGUCACCAUGAAAAUGGCUCUCGAAAACGCCCAGAGAGCCAAAGCCAACGCCUACUCGCUGGGCACGAAAUGCCAGAACGAGCAGGAAAAAGUUGCGUUGACCGACUGUCUAGAACUGUACCAGAACUUGGUCGAGAGGAUCAACGCAACAGCUGAUCCUCAGACCAAGUGCACUGCCACUGAUGCACAAACCUGGCUGAGCGGGGCCCUCACCGACUACGAGACGUGCUUGGCCGGGUUCGUGGACCUUGGCGUCACGGGCAACGUCAUGCCCAUGUUGGCAAGCAACUUUUCCAACUUGAUUUGCAAUAGUCUGGCAAUUAACAAGGGGUACAUCCCCAGAGACAAUACUGCCCGUUCUCGCGAAGGGUUUCCUGUUUGGGUUAAGCCUGGAGACAGGAAACUCUUGCAGGAGUCGCCGCCAGCUUCCAAUGCAAAUGUCGUGGUGGCGCAGGACGGGUCGGGGAACUAUAGGACGGUGGGUGAAUCCGUGGCGGCGGCGGCAGGGAGGAGACCGGGAGGCGGGAGAUUCGUGAUCUACGUGAAGGCGGGAGUGUACAACGAAAACGUGGAAAUCGGUACUAAGCUGAAGAACAUAAUGUUGGUUGGUGAUGGAAUUGGGAAUACCAUCAUCACCGGAAGCAAAAGUGUUGGCGGCGGCACCACCACCUUCAGUUCAGCUACCGUCGGUGUGGAUGGAGACGGGUUUAUUGCUCAAGGCAUAACCUUCAGAAACACGGCCGGAGCGGCAAACCACCAGGCGGUGGCGAUGCGGUCGGGCUCAGAUCUAUCGGUGUUCUACCGGUGCAGCUUUGAAGGAUAUCAAGACACCCUAUACGCCUACUCCAACCGGCAAUUCUACCGAGAAUGUGAAAUUUACGGGACGGUGGACUUCAUCUUCGGCAACGCCGCGGUCGUGUUCCAGAACUGCAACAUCUACGCCCGUAACUCGCCCAGCAAGACCAACACCAUCACCGCCCAGGGCCGGACCGACCCGAACCAGAACACCGGGAUAUCCAUCCACGACUCCAUAAUCACUGCAGCGUCCGACCUGACGGGUUCUCUGGGAUCCGUCAGGACCUACCUCGGGCGCCCGUGGAAGCAAUACUCCCGGACGGUUAUCAUGAAGACGUCCAUGGACGGCUUGAUCGAUCCGGCCGGGUGGUUGCCGUGGGACGGGGCGUUCGCUCUGAGCACUCUAUACUACGGCGAGUUUGCGAACACUGGGCCGGGAGCGUCGACCGCCGGGAGGGUCAAUUGGGGAGGGUACCAUGUGAUCACUAGCGCGGCGGAGGCUUCGCAGUUCACGGUGGGGAAUUUCAUCGCCGAGGCAUCCAUGAAGAUUACUCUCAACAAGAAUGAGGAAGAAGAGAAAGAUGGAUAUUCGCCGUUGCCCAAUUUCGAGGAUCUCACUAUGGAACAGUGGAACGCUGUUCGUCACGCCCUUGCACUAUCCCCUAUAGACAUCAAUCAGAAACUUACAGGUGAAAUCCCAGAUGAGAGUGGAUCGAAUAGUUCCUCUUCGAUCGAUUACUUCGAAGAUGAUGAAGAGAUGCCGGCGGAAGAUCAGCUGGACCGUUCCACGAGGAACGGUCGACCGGAGGAGACCAGUGAGGCAGGCGAGCUACAGGCGGUCGACAUGGUGAACCGUCCUGAUGUCCACGGUCGACCGUCCGAGAGGCAGAAAGACGAACCUCUGGGAGUGCAACCAACGGUCGACGUGGUGGACCGUUCUGAUGACCACGGUCGAUCGUCUGAAGGGUAGAAAGAUAGGCUCCAGAGGGAUGAUGAAACGGUCGACCGUGAAGAGGAGAACGGUCGACCGUCUCUGAGGCAGAAAGAAGACGCUCAGGAAUCCUUU